UUCAAAGACAUUAAUCUGAUCUACUAUGAAAUAAAAAAAGAUUCCAUUGUUUUUAAAUGGAAAAUAAUACAAGUUGCUUGUAAAAAGGGGUUCCUGUAGGAUGCAUAAUUCUCUAUGAAUGGGACUGAAGUAAUCCCCUUUGAUUAUCCCUCCCUGAGGUAGUUCCUGAUGGUCAUUGCUCAGAGAAAUAAUGAUAUUUAUAUUCCAAUUAUGAAUAGUUCAUGUGUGUUUAUACAUGAAGUGGCUACAGGUAUGUUUCCCAAGCCUUUAAAAUAAAGGAAGGGAACUUUACAACAUAAGAGAAGGUUGGCAUUGUCUGCUAUCUUGGGCUAGAAUCUGUGCCUUUAUUACCCCCUUAGCACUCUGGCUAACUCCUGUUUUGUGCAUCUCUUUGUGAUGGUUCUUUUUAGGCCACUGCUGUGUCCAGAUUCCUGAAUGGGUGAGACAAUCUUUGGCUAGGCUGCUGGUCUGUUCCCUCAGCCUAAAUGUGAUGACAACAUUUGAAUACCUCGCUGUGUACUUCACCUGGGAAGAAUGGCAGAAUAUGAACAAAGCUCAGAAAAUCCUGUACAAGGAUGUGAUGCUAGAGACUUACAGCAGCCUGUUCUCCUUGGGAGAGUGACAUCCAUCACAAGCCGAAUGUUUCCAUAAAAGGGGAUGACCUGACUAGGAUCAACCAGGAAAGUCAGGACAAAAAUCUGAAUCAGAAUGUAAUGAAAAAUAAGAAGAUAUCAAUUCCUAAGAGAGUUGAAUUAAGAAAAACACUUAAUUUAAUUUCAAUCGAAAUUCCAAAACUGGUUAUUAAAAAGAGAAAUAGUGAGCAUGGAAAAGCUACUUUCCAGAAAUCAUACCUCAUCAUACAUCAGAAAAUUCAGACAGAGGUGAAACUUCGUAAAUGUAAUGACUGUGAAAAAGCCUAUGACCAGAAGUCAAACCUCAUAACACAACAGAGAAUUAACACAGGGGAGAAAUCUCAUGAAUGUAGUGAUUGUGGAAAAUCCUUUGCCAGUAAGUCACAAGUCAUCAGACAUCAGAGAAUUCACACAGGGGAGAAACCUUAUGAAUGUAAUGACUGUGGAAAAGCCUUUGGCCAGAAAUCAGACCUCAUCAAACAUCAGAGAAUUCACACAGGGGAGAAACCUUAUGAAUGUAAUCACUGUAGAAAAGCCUUUGCUACUAAGACACAACUCUUCAUACAUCAGAAAAUUCACACAGGGGAGAAACCUUAUGAAUGUAAUCACUGUGGAAAAGCCUUUGGCCAGAAGUCAGACCUCAUUAAACAUCAGAGAAUUCACACAGGUGAGAAACCUUAUGAAUGUAAUGACUGUGGAAAAGCCUUUGGCUAUAAGUCAAGCCUGAUAAUGCAUCAGAGAGUUCACACAGGGGAGAAACCUUAUGAAUGUAAUCACUGUGGAAAAGCCUUUGGCCAGAAAGCAAGACUCACUACUCAUCAGAGAAUUCACACAGGGGAGAAACCUUAUGAAUGUAAUGACUGUGGAAAAGCCUUUGGCCAGAAGUCAGACCUCAUUAAACAUCAGAGAAUUCACACAGGAGAGAAACCUUUUGAAUGUAAUGACUGUGGAAAAGCCUUUGGCUAUAAGUCAAGCCUGAUAAUGCAUCAGAGAGUUCACACAGGUGAGAAACCUUAUGAAUGUAAUCACUGUGGAAAAGCCUUUGGCCAGAAGUCAGACCUCAUCAAACAUCAGAGAAUUCACACAGUACAGAAACUUCUCAAUUUGAUGCAAUCCCAACAGUUGAUUUUGGCUUUGACUGCCUGUGCAUGGUACUGGUACAGAAACAGAUGGAUAGACCAAUGGAACAGAAUUGAAACACCAGAAAUCAACCCAAACAUCUACAGCCAACUUAUAUUUGAUCAAGGAUCUAAAACCAAUUCCUGGAGCAAGGACAGUCUAUUCAAUAAAUGGUGCUGGGAAAACUGGAUUUCCACAUGCAGAAGCAUGAAGCAAGACCCCUACCUUACACCUUACACAAAAAUCCACUCAACAUGGAUUAAAGUCCUAAAUCUACGACCUGACACCAUCAAGUUACUAGAGAACAUUGGAGAAACCCUUCAAGAUAUUGGAACAGGCAAAGAAUUUCUGGAAAAGAUGACCAUUUUUUUCCACUGGGAUUUCACCCAGGGAGAUUCUCCAUGCAGGAACACAUUUCCCACAUGUGUCCUGGAUUUCCACACCUGAAAUAUUCUUGUGAGCCUUUCGCCAGACCAGAAUGCCUUUAGGGCUAAU